GCAGGUGCUUCUCGCUGCAGCCCGCGGAGCCCACGAGGCUGAGGUAUAUGUAGUCGUCUGUACCUGCGAACCAUUGGUUGCCAGUGGCCACGGUGACCGUGUAGGAGGGCAUGGUUGCAAACAGUGAGCGCCCGGGGCAGUGGAAUCAGGCAAAGCUGGUAACUUCCGCGCCCGACGGUACCUGGCGGGGCCACGUCGAUGGCUUCUGUUCACCGCGGGCUGCAGUCGCCUGUCCGGCCCCCUGGCCCCAACACCGCCUCUAACAAUAGCCCCGCCUCCUUUCCCCCACGUAUUACCCCACCCUGCGGUCCUGUGGCGCCCUGGUCUCUAACUGCUAGUCUCUGGCUGGAGAAGGAUCAUCCAUUUCUGCAGCUCAUCUCCACAUGAUCCUUGGUAAUAAUUGGUGAUGCUUGAUGAGAAUUAAAGCCAAUGUCAUCGGAACAUCCUGGGAUGUUCUUACUUUCAGAGAAGGAAUGACUGGCUGAGAUCCAGCAGGGACUUCAUGGUCAUCCUCAUGGAAGGAGCCUUGGUGUCCUGACACUUGGACCUCAUCAUUGACCAGUUGGAGGAGGAGACCAUCUACCUAGCCUGGAAAUCAUAUCCUGAAAUCACAUGAAACUGUGGGUGAAGAUUCUCCUGAUAGUCCCAGAACACCCUCUCCACCCAGGGACCAUGGGUAACCAGACAAUGGUAACAGAGUUUAUCCUGCAGGGCUUCUCAGAGCACCCAGAACACCACGUGCUCUUAUUCAGUUGUUUUCUCUCCCUCUACUCAGUGGCCCUCACAGGGAACGUCCUCAUCAUCUUGACCAUCACCUUCAACCCUGGGCUCCAUACCCCCAUGUACUUUUUCCUGUUCAACUUGGCUACUAUGGACAUUAUCUGUACCUCCUCCAUCAUGCCCAAGGCACUGGAGGGUCUGGUGUCAGAGAAGAGCUUCAUAUCCUACGGGGGCUGCAUGGCACAGCUCUAUUUCCUCACAUGGUCUGCAUCCUCAGAGCUGCUGCUCCUCACUGUCAUGGCCUAUGACCGGUAUGCAGCCAUCUGCCACCCACUGCAUUACAGCACCAAGAUGAGCAAGGCAUUCUGCAGCAUGCUGGCCACCGGAGUGUGGGUGCUCUGUGCCUUCAACUCAGCCCUCAACACAGGGCUGAUGCUGCGUUUGAAUUUCUGUGGCCCUAAUGUCAUUACCCAUUUCUUCUGUGAGGCUCCUCCUCUGCUGCUUCUCUCCUGCAGCUCCACCUAUGUGAACAGUGUCAUGAUUGUCCUGGCUGAUGCCUUUUAUGGCAUACUAAACUUCCUCAUGACCCUCGUGUCCUAUGGGUUCAUCAUUUCUAGCAUCCUGAAGAUGAGGACUUCAGAGGGGAAACAGAAAGCCUUCUCCACCUGCUCCUCCCACCUCAUUGUGGUGUGCAUGUAUUACACCGCUGUCUUCUAUGCCUACAUAAGCCCUGUCUCCAGCUACAGUGCAGAGAAGAGCAAGGUGGCUGGUGUGCUAUACACUAUGUUGAGUCCUACCCUCAACCCCCUCAUCUAUACUUUGAGAAACAAGGAGGUCAAAGCAGCUGUUGCCAAGUUCUUCCCCUUCUUCAGAAGUUAGUGUUGGUUUUCAGCAGUUCUUCUUCUUAGAGACUGCAGUUUUAGUGAAAUUGACCUUCCUGUGCUGGGUCUGAGGAGCAAGUUUUUGGAAUACAAGUAAGUAAGCCUGUCUCUUCCAUCCCAGUACAAUGUCUGCAUGGACAGGCUCGGGAUUCUGUUUUCUUUAUAUUACCUGAUGGACGACGGUGGUGGGUUUGAGCCCACAAACUUGUGAGGGGUCUCAAGGUCUGAUUCCAAGGUUCUAACUUACUGGGCUACAAAGCUUUCUAGUAGAAGUAAAAUGUUUUAGACUUACAGAGUAUGAAAAUCUUUUCCUUUUCUUUCAAAUGUACUAUGCUCAAAGUGUAAAUACUUAAAUCACACCUAGAAUUUAGGUGCAUGCAUCUAAGUGAGUUAGGCAAGAUGAUUGGAGUCCACAGCAUUUGGAGAACUGUCAGACUGAAAAAUUGCUUUAGGGUGACCACCUAUCUCUAAGAGGAUUUUUACUGUCUUACCUCAACUGCUUCCUUUGGAGACCCUUCAACUUUAUAUUGAAAAUUUGAUUCUGAUUGUAAUGUGAACUGUUGCUUCUCUUUUCCCUUUUCUUCUUACUGAGAUUUGAGGUAAAACAUUAUUUUAAGAUCAGAACUUUGCCUUGAAUGUAAACAUUCCACGUAUAACAACUGAUGUGUGUUUUACGCACCUAGAAAAAUUUUCCCCAAGAUUUCUCAACCCUUGACUUUGUUUUCAGACCUUGAGGAUAUGAUUACUUCAUUGGCCGGGAGUUGAGACAACUGGUAUGAUUCACUGGUAACAGGAACAUUGUAACAUUGUUUUCCUCAAAUUGUUUCUGAAUAAAGUGAGUGAACAAAUUCUUUGUGCCCUGUGCUAUU